UCAAAUUUCAAGAAAAUAACUCAACUUACUAUUAGCUAUGGAAAAAGCAUUAGAAUGGUUAAGACCACUUGUUGAUUCCAAGAAUUGGGAAUAUUGUGUUGUUUGGAAGUUUGGUGAUGACCCUUCAAGGUUUAUAGAAUGGAUGGGAUGUUGCUGUUCUGGAGCUAAUGGAGUUGAUGUCAAUGUUAAGAGAGAAAAUGGAGGAAAACAGAAAUUUAGUUCUCUGUGUAGAGAUAUUCAAGUGCAGCAUCCUAUUAGAACAAAGGCUUGUGAGGUUUUAGCUCAUUUUCCUCAUUCUAUUUCCCUUUAUUCAGGGAUUCAGGCAGAGGUUGUAACAUCAAAUGAACCAAAGUGGAUUAAUCAUGCUGAGAUUUCCAAUUCAAAUUUGUCACAUGAUUUAAAGGGUACCCUGGUAUUGAUUCCGGUUGCUGGUGGACUGGUUGAGCUUUACAAUUCAAAGAUGAUAUAUAAAGAUCAGAAGACAAUUAAUUUCAUUAUCAAUCGCUUCAAACUUGGUUCAGAAGAAGCCAAUAGUUCCGUAGCACAGAAAGAAGAUCAAAUUCUUGAUUUCUUUCCCUAUGAGAAAUCGAACUUUUGUGCUCCUCUCCUGCAAUAUGCCACAAGUUUUCCUUCAAGUGCACCUCAUAUUUCUCAAGUAUCUGAAUCUAGUGCUAAUCCCAGCAUUCAAGGAUCAUCGACAGGUUCCAUUCCUUCAAAUGAACUUACAUUGUGUCAUUCACCUCCUGACCAUUUAUCGCGCAAUGUACCUUUAAGUCAAUCUACUGAAGGGUAUUUUGAGCACACGGAACUUCAGUGCAGUGGAAACUUGUCAAGAAUGGAAGACACUACUUUUCCUUGGAAACAAGAAAACUAUAUAGUAGCAGGAGAUAUGUUCGGUAUGGGUAAGAAAAGGCAAAAGGGACCUUAUCAGUCAAAGAAUCUUGUCACAGAGAGAAAACGAAGGAACAGAAUCAAAGAUGGUCUUUUUACUCUUCGAGCUUUAGUUCCCAACAUCACUAAGAUGGACAAAGUUGCAAUACUUGGAGACGCAAUUGACUAUAUAAAUGAACUGCAAGAAAAAGUAAAGUUGUAUGAAACUGAGCUCAACAAAAUAGAAGCGGAAGUUACCAACAAUGAAACUCCUGAAAUGGUCCUAUCAGACAUGACUGAAAUGUCCAAAGUUACCGGACAAACAAAUGAGAAAACACAAUUUUCAGUUAAUACAACUGAUAGGACGAGAAUGGAGGUGGAAGUGAAUCAAAUUGGUGCAAGAGAGUUCUUGUUGAAGGUUUCUGGAUCACAUAAACCUGGUGGAUUUACGCGGUUGAUGGAGGCCAUGAAUUACUUAGGACUUGAGCUAGUAAAUGUGAGUUGUACCACGUCUGGAGGGGAGAUCGUGAGCGUUUACAUAGUAGAGGCAAAUGUGGACAGAGUUCUUGAUGCACAGAAACUGAGAUCUUCACUAAUUGAGCUGACAAGUUGAACAUAUAUAUCUUUUGUUGAAUCAUAUAUUAACUGUUUAGUUUGUCAAUCAUUUGACUUAGUUAUUAGCUACUUAGCUUGCAGAAACCAAUCAAU